AACCGUGCUCUGGUCUAUCUCCCCUCUCCCCUGUUCGCUCCUCUCCUCCAUCUUCUAAACCUAAAAAACAAACAGGCGACUGACAGAUCUUUCAUUCUACGAUUCAGCAGCAGGGAGGGAAGGCAAGGUUCAAUCAGCAGCUUCUAGGUUUCCAAAACUGGUAUGUGGGGAAGAUGGAAUUCAAAAGACAGGUAUUUACCGUCGAUCUUCUAGAAAGAUAUGCAGCAAAAGGUCAUGGAGUUAUUACUUGCAUGGCAUCCGGAAAUGAUGUCAUUGUUCUAGGAACCAGUACUGGAUGGCUAAUUAGACAUGAUUUUGGUGUCGGUGAUUCUUACGAUAUCGAUCUCUCCGCUGGUCGUGGUGACCAAUCCAUCCAUAAAGUUUUCGUUGAUCCCGGUGGGAGUCAUUGUAUCGCCAACGUAGUUGGAAAUGGUGCUUCCGAAACAUAUUACAUGCAUGCAAAGUGGCCCAAGCCCAGGGUGUUGACCAAACUAAAAGGCCUCGUGGUCAAUACCGUUGCCUGGAAUCGGCAACAGAUAACAGAAGCUUCAACACGAGAGGUUAUUCUUGGUACGGAUAAUGGUCAACUGCAUGAAAUCGCUGUUGAUGAGAAAGAUAAGAGGGAGAAAUACGUAAAAUUUAUAUUCGAACUCUCUGAAUUGCCAGAAGCUUUCAAGGGGCUACAGAUGGAAACAGCUAGCUUUAAUAAUGGAACUAGAUAUUAUAUUAUGGCCGUUACUCCAACAAGGCUUUAUUCUUUUACGGGUACCGGAUCUCCAGAGGCCGUCUUUGCCAGUUAUGCAGAUCGUGCAGUGCAUUUUAUGGAGCUUCCUGGAGACAUACCAAACAGCGAGCUGCAUUUCUUCAUCAAACAAAGACGAGCAGUGCAUUUCGCUUGGCUUUCCGGAGCUGGUAUUUAUCACGGUGGUCUGAAUUUUGGAACGCAACGGGGCGAGAAUUUUGUCGAGAACAAAGCUCUUCUUGAUUACUCAAAGUUAAGCGACGGUGGUGAAGUGGUUAAACCGAGUUCGAUCGCACUCUCAGAGUUCCACUUUUUGCUUCUAAUUGGAAACAGGGUGAAGGUUGUAAAUAGAAUCAGUGAGCAAAUUGUCGAAGAACUUUAUUUCGAUCAGACAUCAGAGUCAGCAUCAAAGGGGAUAAUCGGCUUAUCCAUUGAUGCAUCUGCUGGAUUGUUCUAUGCAUACGAUGAAAACUCGAUCUUUCAGGUGUCUGUAACCGAUGAAGGCCGAGAUAUGUGGAAAGUGUACCUUGACUUGAAGGAAUACGCUGCUGCGUUGGCAAAUUGUUCCGAUCCUUACCAGAGAGACCAAGUAUACUUAGAACAGGCCGAAGCUGCUUUUUCAGCCCGGGACUUCUUUAGAGCGGCAUCAUUCUUUGCUAAAAUCAACUAUGCAUUGUCGUUUGAAGAGAUCACAUUAAAGUUUAUCGGCAUAGGUGAACAGGAUGCGUUAAGGACAUUUUUAUUGCGGAAGCUUGAUAAUAUUGUGAAAGAUGAUAAAUUUCAAAUAAUGAUGAUAUCUACAUGGGCCACUGAACUGUACCUUGACAAGAUCAAUAGAUUACUGCUGGAAGAUGACUCACCGGAGAAGCGUAGUAAUUCCGAAUACCAAUCUAUCGUUAUGGAGUUUCGUGCUUUUCUCAGUGACAGUAAAGACGUGUUGGAUGAGGCUACUACAAUGAAGCUACUCGAAAGCUACGGUAGAGUUGAUGAAUUGGUAUAUUUUGCUAGUCUAAAGGAACAAUAUGAGAUUGUCAUUCAUCACUACAUUCAGCAAGGAGAGGCGAAAAGAGCCUUGGAUGUACUUCAAAAACCUGGUGUUUCUGUUGAUCUUCAGUAUAAGUUUGCUCCAGAUCUCAUCAUGCUUGAUGCGUACGAAACCGUUGAAUCAUGGAUGACCCGAAAAGACUUGAAUCCACGAAAACUGAUUCCCGCAAUGAUGUCUUAUUCAAGUGAACCCCAUGCAAAGAAUGAAACCCAUGAAGUAAUCAAGUAUUUAGAAUUUUGCGUUCAUCGGUUGCAGAAUGAAGAUCCGGGUGUUCAUAACCUCUUGCUCUCUCUAUAUGCCAAGAAGGAAGAUGAAAGUGCUCUUUUGCGGUUCCUACAAUGCAAGUUCGGGAAAGGACGGUCUAACGGCCCUGAUUUCUUUUACGAUCCUAAGUACGCUCUUCGUCUUUGCCUCAAAGAAAAACGUAUGCGUGCAUGUGUACAUAUUUACAGCAUGAUGUUCAUGCAUGAAGAAGCCGUUGCGCUUGCUCUUCAGGUUGACCCAGAGCUCGCAAUGGCCGAAGCAGACAAAGUGGAAGACGAUGAAGACUUGAGGAAAAAGUUAUGGCUUAUGGUUGCCAAACAUGUUGUCGAGCAAGAAAAAGGUACUAAAAGAGACAAUAUUAGGAAAGCAAUUGCUUUUCUUAAGGAAACCGACGGUCUGUUAAAGAUCGAAGAUAUCUUACCUUUCUUCCCGGACUUUGCACUAAUUGACGACUUCAAGGAAGCAAUUUGUUCAUCUUUAGAGGAUUACAACCAGCAAAUCGAAAAAUUAAAAGAGGAGAUGAAUGAUGCAACACACGGUGCGGAUAAUAUAAGAAAUGACAUUAGCGCCCUUGCUCAAAGAUAUACGGUCGUUGACCGUGAUGAAGAAUGCGGGGUUUGCAAGAAGGUAAUUUUACCUUCGGGUGCUGAUUACCGAAUGGCGAGGGGUUAUACAACAAUUGGGCCAAUGGCCCCUUUCUAUGUGUUCCCAUGCGGACACGCGUUUCAUGCGCAAUGCCUUGUUGCCCAUGUUACCAAAUGUACCAAUCGAAAUCAAGCUGAGCAUAUACUGGAUCUUCAGAAGCAACUCACUUUAAUGAGUGUGGAGCCUAAGGAGGGUGUAAACGGUGGGUUAAAUGGUGCGUUAAGUGGUGAUGACGUAGCCACAAGUGUGACCCCUAUCGAUAAGAUUCGGUCACAACUAGAUGAUGCAAUAGCAAGUGAAUGCCCAUUUUGUGGGGAUCUGAUGAUAAGUGAGAUUUCGAAACCAUUUGUUUUGCCGGAAGAAUCAUAUCUGGUUUCUUCAUGGGAGAUUAUGUCCAAGAAUGUUGGGAUUGAGAAGGGCAUUGCUUUUGUCGUGUAAAACAAGACGGUUUGCGUCGAAAACUAAAGCACAAGUGUGAGGGUGGUGGUUCUUUCGUUUUUGUUGAUAUGUAUUAUGUGGUGUUUAUGGAUACAAUAUUUAUAUUAACGUCAUACAAUUGUUUUUCUUGCAUCGUCUGAGUUGACCUUUGUUUGGUGUUAAGCACGAGGCUGUUGUAUGGAUCUUAUGAUGUUUCAAGUGAAGAUCUAUUUUUUUUUUA